AUUCAAUGGGUACAAUAAUAGUAUUUAUUCUGCUCACACUCUCCGCCCCGGGGAUGAUACGGUCCUACGAGGUCACGCUGAAUUCAUUCGCUCCGUAUGCAGAUUCGGACCGCGGUCUGAUCGACUAUGGGACACUACGAAUGAACAAGAAGACACGAUCCAGCUUCAUGAUUUCUGGGAAUUUUACCGUUCUCCAAAACGUCGGUCGGGAGUACCUAACCAGCUUCGAGCUGGUUCAGGUCAUCGGCGACCAGUCUCGGCCGAUAGUCAGAGCCGAGCAAAACUUCUGCCAGUUCUAUUCGACAGAUUACGAUAUGCUGCUAGCCUUGCGGAGUGUUUCCAAUUGGCCCCCGAAAGACAGCUGUCCAUUUCCCAAAGGCGAGUACUAUAUCAAUGGAUACGAGGCUACCACGAAGCAGAUGCCACCGAUUCUCGCCCCCGGUCUCUAUCUGCUGAAGUUCAUGGUUAGCUUGAACGGUAAGCAGGUGGGAGGGUACAUCUUGAAAGGUAAUGUUGGUUAGGGCAGUGUGAGUCUUCAAGAGCUUUUUUCUGAAUUAGCAUAAAA